CGCGUAACGGGAGGGUUUGCACGCCUUUUCCUCCGAAUUACGAUUCGCGCGCAGUGUAAAAAAUGCAGUGAAGUGACAUUUGUAAAAGUUGAAGAAAUAUGUGUUUAUUCAAAGUGAGUGUGGUAAAAUUUUGAAAAAAAAAACGAGUGAUUUUUAGUGAUGUGUUAAGUGAUUUUCGGUGUGGAUCCCACGACAGCAAUGUCGGUGGAGGGCCAACGAUGCCUGUGUGUUGUAGUGCUACUCAUACACACAGUCACAGGCGCCGGAGAAGGGCCAUCAUCAGCAAUACCAACCUCCUCUUCAUCAUCAGUGAAACCGGAUCAGAACGAGCUGACAGUCACCUUCCCUCCACUUGAUGACCUAUACAGCAACACUCCUGAAAAGCACUUUGGAACUGAGAACAAUACAGUGGUGACGUCACAGACAGGGUCCACUGCUUUACUGCCGUGUGUCAUCAGGAAUAUUGGAGAUGGAAUUGUAUCAUGGAUAAGAAGAAAAGACUACCACCUACUAACUGUUGGCCUGACCACAUACAGUUCAGACCAAAGGUUUCAAGCCAUUCACUUACAGCAUUCAGAGGACUGGACGCUGAAAGUGAGAUUUGUACAGAAGAGGGACGCUGGCAUCUAUGAGUGCCAAGUGUCCUCCCACCCCCCUACUAGCAUCUUUCUAAGACUUGACGUCGUUGAGGCGCGAGCACAGAUUUCGGGGCCUACGGAAAAGUAUCUGAAGCCUGGAUCGACGUUACGACUUCAGUGCUCCGUGGUACAAACUACAGAAGCGCCUGCUUUUGUGUUCUGGUACCACAACAGCAGAAUGAUAAACUACGACGUGGAACGAGGUAUCAACGUCACCACAGACCCGGUACAGAGACUAUCAGAUCUGCUGAUACCCGCAGCCAGCGUGUCGCAUGCAGGGAACUACACCUGUGUGCCAAACAACGCUGUUCCAGCUAGUAUAUACGUCCAUAUUUUUAAUGGUGAAAACCCCGCCGCUAUGCAGUCUUCUUCGCCUAGUUUCAUCAACCGUCUACAUAAUAUCUUAUUACCAACCCUCAUCAGUUAUAAUCUGAUACGGUGACAAUUUCACUAGCUCAUCAACUGAAAAUGUACCCUAUAUGUAAUAGAGAAAUGGGUUAUUUUUGCGUGGAGUGAAAUUUGACGUAUAAAUUUGAAGGGGUAUUAGGAGUAACGAGAGCGUUGAGUGUACAUGUGUUUUUACUUCGCCUGGUUUCGUUUUAUUUAGAGCGUCGUUUUCGGAAUUGUUUGUUGCUUACGAGGUAAAAAUAUCAGGUGUUUUUGGCUGAUCGAAUUUAUCAUCUAUUUUUAUUUAACUUAAGCUGAUAUUUGUUUGGCUGUAUGUAGGUACUGUUUUAGAGGCUAAACUCAAGUUUCUUUCAUCUCUGUCGUAGAGACUUUUAGCUAUUCAUUAUUGCUAACGCGUCACGGUUUUAAAUGUGGAACUCCUGCAUUUGAAUUAUUAGCUGAGCAAAUGUCAGUUUUGCCAUUCGCUAAACUAUGUAUGUAGUCUAAAACUUCACUGUUAUUCAUAUCAAACUAAGCGGCCUAAACCAGUU